AUGGGUAAUUCAAGUUCAAAACCGGCUAAGAAGUCGAGUAAAUCCAAGAAACAUGAUUCUCUUUCUGCGAGUGGAAGGUCAAACAGUAGUUCUAGGUCCAGUGAGAUAAGUUCUAAAUAUGACAACCCUCCGCAAUUACAGAAAAGUGAUACCAUGCAAUCGAAUCGAUCAGGGAGAUCUCUGAGAUCACAGAAGUCAAGGCGAUCGCAAUCACAAUCGCAAUCACAAUCACAAUCACAAUCACAACCGCAAUCGCAGUCACAAUCACAGUCGCAGUUACCAUCAUCUUCAGGUACGCCGAAACUUUCCGGACAUAGCGAACCAUCACUGCGCGGGAGGAAAAGCACAUCUUCGCUUCCAUUGUCUCGACAUAGCUCAAUUCAAAGUGGGUCUAAAGACGACGAGAGUGGUGCCCACGAGCCAAAAAUAACAGCAAGAUCUUCAAGCUAUUCUCUGAAUGGAGAUUUACCUCCUUCCAUGGUUCAGAUGGCUCCAAAGACUCCUAUCUUAAAAAGUUCUACAAGCAAUCCAUACUAUGAGAAUGCAUUAACAGAUGAUGACAACGAAAAUGAUGUCGAUGAUUCAGUGUCAUAUAGAUCAUCUUCAUCCCGUCACCGUGGUAGUACUCGUCGUGCAAGUUCAUCUUCCAGACGAAAAUCUAAUGGUAGCGCACAUUACUUAGAUAUUCCGCAAUCUGGGAGCAGCCUGAAUAUGGGCAAUGGAAAUAGUGGAAACAACAGUGCGGGAGGAUCUCCAGUACAGAUGAGCAGGUCUUCAUCCAGGUCCAGCACACACAGUAGAAAGUCUUCGAUGUCAAUGAGUCAAUAUAGUACACCAAUGGCUUCCCCAGGUAUCAAUAAUUCAAAUAAUGACGCUCAAGAUUACUUUGGCAGCUACGGAGGUGAACAAGGCGGGGUAGAAAACGAUGAUAAUAAUGAGUACAGACAUGCAUCAGAGAUAAGGACCGAUGAAAAUCCAGAAGGAAGUGCCAUAAAUGAUCCUGAAGAGUUAAAUGCAGAAGGAAAACCUAAGAAGAAAAAGCCAGUCAAACCAAUCAAUAUUGAUGAGACAAUUCAAAAAUUAUUGGACGCAGGUUAUUCAGCCAAAAAGACAAGAUCAGUGGCUUUGAAAAAUUCUGAAAUUACUCAGAUAUGCCAAUUGGCUAGAGAUAUCUUUCUUUCACAGCCAUCUUUGCUAGAACUUUCUCCACCAGUUAAAAUCGUGGGUGACGUUCACGGGCAAUAUGCCGAUUUACUAAGAUUGUUUACUAAAUGUGGGUUCCCUCCAUCUUCCAAUUAUCUAUUUUUAGGUGACUACGUGGAUAGAGGUAAGCAAUCAUUAGAAACAAUUCUGCUUCUUCUUUGUUAUAAGAUCAAAUAUCCAGAGAACUUUUUUCUUUUGAGAGGGAAUCAUGAAUGUGCUAAUGUUACGAGAGUUUACGGCUUUUAUGACGAAUGUAAAAGACGGUGUAAUAUCAAAAUCUGGAAGACUUUCAUCGAUACAUUUAAUGCUUUACCUUUGGCUGCCAUUGUGGCAGGAAAGAUCUUUUGUGUGCACGGUGGAUUAUCUCCUGUCUUAAACUCAAUGGAUGAGAUCAGACACGUAAGCAGACCUACGGAUGUUCCAGACUUUGGGUUAAUUAACGACCUUCUAUGGUCUGAUCCAACAGACUCUCCUAACGAAUGGGAAGACAAUGAAAGAGGUGUUUCAUACUGUUAUAAUAAAGUUGCUAUCAACAAAUUCUUGAACAAAUUCGGGUUCGAUUUAGUUUGUAGGGCUCAUAUGGUCGUUGAAGAUGGCUACGAAUUUUUCAAUGAUAGAAGUUUAGUCACUGUGUUCUCCGCCCCUAAUUACUGCGGUGAAUUUGAUAACUGGGGGGCUGUCAUGAGUGUAAGUGAAGGUUUGUUAUGUUCAUUCGAAUUAUUAGAACCUUUAGACAGCACUGCUCUAAAACAAGUCAUGAAAAAGGGUAGACAAGAAAGAAAACUUGCCAACCAGCAGCAACAGCAACAGUUACAACAAUAA